CCAAGGGUGGAGAGGGGGGAAGGCGAAGGACGCGCGUUCCCGGGCUCGUGACCGCCGGCGACUCUGGGAACCCGCGCCGGGACAGUCCUGGAGAGAUGACAGGCGGUGGGGACCGGCGCUUCGUGGGCACUCUCCACCUGCUGCUGCUGGUGGCCACCCUGUCCCUGGCGGCUCAGGGGGUCAGUCGGAGCGCGGCAGUAUGGACCCAGGAGAAGAGUUAUCAUCAACCAGCCCCUUUGAAUUUAUCAUCUCUUCGGCAAGUUGCAGAAGGCACCAGUAUUUCUGAAAUGUGGCAAAAUGACUUACGACCACUGCUGAUAGAGCGAUAUCCUGGAUCCCCUGGAAGCUAUGCUGCUCGCCAGCAUAUAAUGCAGAGAAUUCAGAGACUUCAAGCUGACUGGGUCUUGGAAGUAGACACCUUCUUGAGUCGAACACCCUAUGGGUACCGGUCUUUCUCAAAUAUCAUCAGCACUCUCAAUCCCACUGCUAAACGACACUUGGUCCUCGCCUGUCACUACGAUUCCAAGUAUUUUCCCCACUGGGACAACAGAGUGUUUGUGGGAGCCACUGAUUCAGCUGUGCCAUGUGCGAUGAUACUGGAACUUGCCCGGGCUUUAGACAAACAACUCCUUUCCUUGAAGAAUAUAUCAGACUUGAAGCCAGAUCUCUCACUCCAGUUAAUUUUCUUUGAUGGGGAAGAGGCUUUUCUUCACUGGUCUCCUCAUGAUUCUCUGUAUGGGUCUCGGCACUUAGCUUCCAAGAUGGCAUCGACCCCGCACCCACCUGGAGCAAGGGACACCAACCAACUGCAUGGCAUGGAUUUACUGAUCUUACUGGAUUUAAUUGGAGCUCCAAACCCAACAUUUCCCAAUUUUUUCCCAACCUCUGCCAGAUGGUUUGAUAGACUUCAAGCAAUUGAACAUGAACUCCAUGUAUUUGGUUUGCUCAAGGAUCACUCUUGGGAGAGACGGUAUUUCCAGAAUUAUGGUUAUGGAGGUGUGAUUCAGGAUGACCACGUUCCAUUUUUAAGAAAAGGUGUUCCAGUUUUGCAUCUGAUACCAUCUCCUUUCCCUGAAGUAUGGCACACCAUGGAUGACAAUGAAGAAAAUUUGGAUAAAACAACCAUUGACAAUCUAAACAAAAUCCUGCAAGUCUUUGUGUUAGAAUAUCUUCAUUUGUAAUAUUCUGAUUUAGUUUAUGGUUUGCAUCUAGUAUCACAUUCAGAAUUCAAGGCACCAUUUUAAAUAAUCUGACUCCAAACAAAUCUUAUGUGGAAACUGCCACAGAUUCAUUCCAUAGGUACCUUUGAGUAUCCUAGAUUUACAUCAUCUCCUAAAUUGCUCAUUAAUUUUCAUCUAGCUAAAGAGUGUAAGAAAAACUGAAGAUAAAUAUCUUUUAAAGACUCCUUUAGCUACAAUAUGAAGCUAACUCAGAUUCAUAUAGUCAGUAUCAUGGUUUCUAAAUAGUACUUAAAUAUGAUGGUCAUGUGAGAUGCACAGACUUAGUUUUAUGAUUUUUUUUUUCACUUGGAAUUUAUACAAAACAGAGAUGUAGUUUGAAGACUUACAUUUCUUUGAGAAAUCUUUGUAUGGUUUAUUUCAUGGAAAUUAAAUCAGAAUUAAAUGCCA